AUGCGCCUCGUUAAUGAAUCGCUCAUUAAUUACCGUUUAAUGAGCCCCGGCAGCGAGGAGAGGGAGCGGGAAUCCAGCGGCUCGGGGAGGGGCCCCGAGGGGAUCCCGGCGCUUCCAGCGGCUCCGAGCCGGGAAAACCGCGCGGAAAAUGGGGGAAAAACGGCGGAAUUCGGGAUCGGCGCCGUGCGCGGGCGCUGCUGGGAGCGAUAUUCGCGGGUGCUGCUGGGAGCGCUAUGCAAAUCAAUCGACGCGGCGGCCAAUGGCGGGAUCAGAUAUUAUGCAAAUAAAGCGGCGCGGUGGCCAAUAGAGAAGGGGCGCGACGGUGUCGAGUGCUCCGUGUGCUGCCUGUCGCCCUGGCCGCGGCUGCAGGAGCUGUGCCGGCUGCAGCGCGUGCGGUGCCGCGCCCUGGGGGUCACCCGCCGCAACCUCGCCGAGUUCGAGGUGGAGACGAUCUGCGACUACCGGCGAGUGCGGAACGAGGAUUUCUACCUGGUCAAGUGGCGUGGUUACCCCUCGUCGGCCAACACCUGGGAGCCGCGCCGCAACCUGCGCUGCCGCGGGCUGCUGCAGCAGCUGCACGCCGACCUGGCCCGGGCGCCGGGCGGGCCGGUGCGGCCGGGCCGCCGCGGUCUGCCGGCGCGCGCCAUGUUGUACUUGGAGAAGAAAAAAGAGCAGCGGCGCGCGCUGCGGCGCUGGGAGCAGAACAUCAACUGCACGCGCAGCCACCGCGGCCGCAUCUCCAUCGAAAACAACGUGGACCUGCAAGGGCCGCCCCGCAACUUCGUGUACAUCGAUGAGUGCAAGGUGUGCGCAGGCGUGGCGCUGACCCCCGUGACGGCCGGCUGCGAGUGCCAGGACUGCCUGGCGGAGGCAAAAACAAACGGGGGCUGCUGUCCGGGCGCAUCACGGAGCAGGUUUGCUUACAACCAAGACGGACAGGUGCGCAUCCGGCCGGGACAGCCGAUUUACGAGUGCAACUCGCACUGCCGCUGCGGCGCCGAGUGCCCCAACCGCGUGGUGCAGCGCGGCAUCCGCUACGACCUGUGCAUCUUCCGCACCAACGACGGGCGCGGCUGGGGCGUGCGCACGCUGCAGCGCAUCCGCAAGAACUCCUUCGUCAUGGAGUACGUGGGCGAGAUCAUCACCUCGGAGGAGGCGGAGCGCCGGGGACAGGUGUACGACCGCCAGGGCGUCACCUACCUCUUUGAUCUGGAUUAUAUAGACGACGUAUACACCGUGGACGCCGCCCACUAUGGCAACAUCUCGCACUUCGUCAACCACAGCUGUGACCCCAACCUGCAGGUGUACAACGUGUUCAUCGAGAACCUGGACCAGCGCCUGCCGCGCAUCGCGCUCUUCGCCACGCGGCCCAUCCGGGCAGGGGAGGAGCUCACCUUUGACUACAACAUGCACGGUACCUGCCGCACACCUGGCACACCUGUACCUGGCACACCUGUACCUGGUACACCUGUACCUGGCACACCUGUACCUGACACACCUGUACCUGGCAUACCUGUACCUGGUACACCUGUACCUGGUAUACCUGUACCUGACACACCUGUACCUGGUAUACCUGUACCUGGUAUACCUGUACCUGACACACCUGUACCUGCCACACCUGUACCUGGUACACCUGUACCUGGUAUACCUGUACCUGACACACCUGUACCUGGAACACAUCUGUACCUGGUAUACCUGUACCUGACACACCUGUACCUGGUACACCUGUACCUGGCACACCUGUACCUGACACACCUGUACCUGGAACACACCUGUACCUGGUACACCUGUACCUGGCACACCUGUACCUGA